AUGGAGAUUAGUGUUCAUAUAAGUACUAACUCAACAAAAAUUGAUAUUGUUAGGUUGAACACUGUCACUUGCGUUCAAACCCGAAACCUCAAAGUAUGCGCGAGUUUCAACGGUGUUUGCCACUUCGUCUACAAACUAUAAAAAACAACAAAAUAAUGAAGAGUACUAUCGAUCAUCACAACCGGCCUAAGGGUAAGACAACUCAGGCAAGGGUUUUAGGCCCCUGAAAAAGAAAAAGAAAAAUUAUUAAGAAAAAAAGGCCUCUUAAAAGCCAUAAGUGAUAAGUUCAUUAGUUUACAAUAGGAAGAGGUCUCGGAGAAAAACAUAAAAUUUAUUCAAAAACUUUGCAAUUCUUCAAAAAUUCAAGCAACUUUUUUUGCCUUCACUUUAAAAUUUAUUUUAGGCCUCAUUUAGUGUUGGGCUGGCCGUGUCGAUCCUUUUGUUUCAUUACCUUCUAUUUUGAUACACUAUUCAAUAUUUUUACAUGCUUAAACAUAUAUUUAAAUGGAAUAAUUUUAAGAAAAUUAAAAAGUUAAAAAAUGAAAGACCAAAAAUUUGGGGAAGUAAUGAAAAUCUCUUCUCACAACAACAUUUAAGAAAUACUUAAGUAGUACCUUGCACAACACAGUAAAGAGAAAUUAAAUAACAAUAAAAAAACAGGACAAUAUAUAUAAUAUCUUAGGCAUUGCGGCGGCGCACAACACAGGUCUGGUCGCGUAACAAACAAACCAAACAAUAACUAAGGGGGUGCCACCAUAAUGAACAUGAAUCUACUUCAGAACCAGAAGCGUAGCAAUAGCAUGAACAUGAUGAUGACUACUAAUCCAUUGUUUAGGAGUGAUUCAUUUGGCUAUUACUACCCUCAUGAGCAACACAACUAUACUACAAUCAUGGAGAAGAGACAAUUGUUUCUUAGAAGCUAUCAAUUCACUAGAAAGAAAACUUUUUCUGAGAGAAUCAAAGGCUCUUUUGUUCGUGUUCACAAAGUUGCGUUGCGAUCUGCUAGGAAACUUCGGCGGUUGGAAUUUUCUGUUUCCAGAAUCAAAUGUAGUUUCUAUUCCCGAAGCAAUCGCAACAAGUAUCGCAAAACCCAAAUUUCCUCGUGUUUAUGUUAAUGUAUAUGCCAAAAAUUGGCAUAGAUAUAGAAAUUGGACACAACGGUCUACAAAUAGUGACGCCUCGACAUCAGUAAUAAUUUGAGGAUAUGUAACUGAUUGAAAGUAAUCACAUAAUUAAUGUGUAGAAUGCUAGAGUAGGUCCAUUACUAAUCAUCUCUCGUGAGAGAAUUGAGAGAGAUUUAUUUAAUUUGUUAUUUUUCAUUUCAUGAUUUAUCAGUUGUUGCUUUUGGAGCCCUUAGUCUUACUAGUGAUAUAAAUAUUGUGAUUGUUAAUUCGAAU